UAAUGAGAUGAAAUUAAAGAUGAUACAAAAUAGUUUGUGAUUGGUCCGAUGAUGACUCAAAAGUCAACUCUCUAUAUCAUCUCUGUUUCUCUAACCAUCUCUCAAUCUCUUGCUGUUGCUCUCACGCAUAGCAAUAUCCAAAUCCAAUCAAACCUUCACGUUUCCAUAUUGAAUCUAACAAAGUCCACUUUACUUGUCCCACUUGUCCUUCUUUUUCAGAUGUAAGCAAUGUUUCUCUGAGUUCUCACCUGCUUCAGAUUCCCUUAUUGAAUCUAUUUGUAGUUUUUUUUUUUUUUUAAUUCAUGUGCUUUAUGUUCUUUAUGGAAUCGAACUUAUCUAGAAUAGUCAACGGUUACGAGUAUUACGAUGUGAGUUUCUUACCAAACCAGAUUCCUAAUCUGGGAUUUGGUGUUCCUUCUAUGAGCGAGUUCGAUCUCAGCACGAAUCAUCAUCAUCAUCAACCUUCUAUUUGGGUUCCAGCGACAGAACAAGAUAAAGAUCUUGAUCAGCUUCAUCAUCACGAUCAGUACUCUCCUCCAGCAUCUGAUGAGAUCGAUUCAGAAAACACUCUUCUGAAGUACGUAAACCAGCUCCUUAUGGAAGAAGAGACUCUCUCCGAGAGCCAGUCUAUGUCCUCCUACGAUGCUUUGGCUCUACGCCAAACCGAAGAGAUGUUGCAGCAAGUCAUCAACGACUCACUAGCUCAAUCUCCUUAUAUAACUCCUCCUGAUUCGAUUACUAGCAGUACUACUAGUAGCGGUGGUAGUAGUGGUGGUGGUGGUGAGUAUUUGAACAGUAACAGCAAUUCUUGUGUCCGGAUCGAGACAGAAGCUGACUCUGCUGUGUCGUUGCGUGGAUUCGGACAGCCAGCGAAUGAGAUUCUCGUCAGGAGUAUGUUUAGUGAUGCGGAUUCAGUUAACCAGUUCAAGAGAGGCCUUGAAGAAGCCAGCAAGUUUCUUCCUAACACCGAUCAAUGGAUCUUCAACCUAGAACAAGAAGUCGUUCCCGUGAAAGAUGAAAAGGGCUUCUCUAGAGUUAGGAAGCAUCAUUAUAACCACGAGCCUGAAGAGGAAGCUAGGAGGAGCAGCAAGCAAUCUGCAGCUAAUGUAGACGAUGGUAACAUAACAGAGCUGUUCGAUAAGGUUCUGCUUCUUGAUAACCAAUUGAAUCCACAUAUUAAAGAAGAAGAAGAAGAAGCCGAUGUUAAUAACGUGUCAAGCAAGUCACCUGCUAAUACCAAAGAAGGAGGCCGAGCCAAGAAGAAGAGCAAAGCUGUUGAUUUCCGCACGCUUCUCACUCUAUGCGCACAAUCCAUCUCCUCAGGAGAUAAGCUCGCAGCUGAUGAAUUGCUAAAGCAGAUAAAGAAACAAUGUUCGCCUCUCGGCGAUGCAUCGCAGAGACUAGCUUACUUCUUCACCAAGGCACUCGAGGCGCGUCUUCAAGGAAGCAGCGGAGUAAUGAUCCAGAGCUACUACGACUCUAUAACCUCCAAGAAACGAACGGCUGCGCAGAUUCUCAAAACGUACAAAGCCUUCUUGUCUGCUUCACCGUUCAUGACUUUGAUCUACUUCUUCUCCAACAAGAUGAUUCUCGACGCUUCCAAAGAUGCUUCGGUGCUUCAUAUAAUCGACUUUGGGAUCCUCUACGGUUUCCAGUGGCCUAUGUUCAUACAGUACAUAUCCAAGAGCAAGACCGGGCCGAGGAAGCUGAGGAUAACCGCUGUGGAGCUUCCUCAAAACGGGUUUCGACCGACGGAGAAGAUAGAGGAUACGGGUCGGAGACUGAGAGAGUAUUGCAAACGUUUUGGUGUUCCGUUUGAGUACAAUGCUAUAGCGUCUAAGAACUGGGAGACAAUCCGCUUGGAGGAGUUCAAGAUCCGACCGAACGAAGUACUCGCGGUUAACUCGGUGCUCAGGUUCAAGAACCUUAGGGACGUGACUCCAGGGGAAGAGGAUUGCCCGAGAGACGGGUUCUUGAAACUGAUCAGAGACAUGAAACCUGACGUUUUCCUCAGCUCGACGAUCAACGGAUCUUUCAACGCUCCCUUCUUCGCCACGCGGUUUAAAGAAGCUUUGUUUCAUUACUCCUCGCUCUUUGACAUGUUUGGUUCGACUCUGUCCAAGGAGAACCCGGAGAGGAUGCAUUUCGAAGGGGAGUUUUUCGGGAGGGAAGUGAUGAACGUGAUUGCGUGUGAAGGAGUGGAUAGGGUGGAGAGACCGGAGACUUACAAGCAGUGGCAAGUGAGGAUGGUUAGGGCUGGGUUUAAGCAGAAGCCUGUGGAGGCAGAGCUCAUGGAGUCGUUUAGGGAGAAGAUGAAGAAGUGGGGUUACCAUAAAGACUUUGUGCUUGAUCAAGAUAGUAACUGGUUCUUGCAAGGUUGGAAAGGUCGUAUCCUGUUCUCUUCUUCUUGUUGGGUCCCUUCUUAACUUGUGUCUUGCGAUCAGAAUAAUUUUUCAUGUAAUAACAUUUGUUUCUUUCUUUUACUUUGUUUUCUUUUGCUUUGCUAUGUGACAUUCUAUGUAUUUAUCUUGAAAUACUAACACUUUAGUAGAGA